AUGAUCUCGCUCUGCAGCCAGUACUCUCAACUCAUUCUCGCCCUGAGCGUCUGUAGCACCAUAGGUGCUUCCUUUUUGUUUUUCACCGGCGUGACGGCUGUUUCGACCUGGUUCGUCUGCCGUCGCGCCCUUGCGAUUGGGAUAACGGUAUGUGGCGCAAGCGUUGGCGGCGUUGUGUUCCCAAUAAUGGUUAGUCAUCUCAGCUCAAAGGUCGGUUUUCCAUGGACGAUACGAGCCUGCGCAUUCCUGAUCCUAGCCCUGUGUAUCUUUGCCAAUGUCACGGUCACCUCACGCCUACAGCACUCGCCCACGCGGUUCAAUCUGGACGACUUCUGGAAGUCUCUGCAUGAGGCUCCCUUUGCCAUGUUCACAUUUGGAUAUUUCGUCUUCUACCUCGGUUUAUUCGUGCCAUACAACUUCAUCAUCAUCCAAGCUGAGCGGUAUGGCGUCUCGUCGGAUUUGGCCGGAUACAUGGUUCCAAUCCUGAAUGCCGGAGAGUAA